AUGGUGCACAGAGCUUACCUGCGGCCCUCUUUAAGCCUCGUCCCAGCCAUGCUUUGGACAUCACAUCCUAUUCAGAGCACAAGACUGAGCGUUUUACACACGAGGACCAUCUAUCGUGGACUUUAUGUGUGCUGUUGGUCAGUCUGCUGGACUCAGAUGUGUGUUGUGAAGAUGACCGUGAGAAGCUCAACAGUGGCGGCGCUGCUGCUGCUCUCAGUGCAUCUCCUGCAUGCGUCUGCUCUUCCUGCUGCGUCUUCAUACGAGUUCAACGCCUACAGGAUGCAGCACUACAACCUACAUCAACACAAACACGGCUGUCGUGGAGCUAUUGUGGUGGCGGAGGCACGAUCGGCAGCAGACACGAGUCUGACCCGUCGCUGUGUGAUCAUGAAACUACACGAUUUCACCACAGAGCGAUUCCUGGAGGCCAAAAAGCAGAACGCAGCAGCCGUUUUGAUCCUGCUACCUCAAAACCUCUCGUCUGUACAAGAGGAGACAGUGCAGGGCUUCAUGGUGGCUGAAGCUCAGAUUCUGCAGGAGGAGACCAUCUUGCCGGUCUAUGUGGUCCCUGAGGACGAGCAGCUCCUCUGUAUGUAUGAAGAAGUCAAUCAGGCUGUGGCAUCCAAGUCUGCUUCUGUGCUGGUGAGAGUUCUCCGUAGCAUGAUCACAUCCACUGCCUUCCAAAUAUUAGUGAGCAACAACUCCCCCAUCAAGCCCAUUACUGAUACCAGCAUCAUUACUUUAGAGGGAGUCCUUCCUGGAGCUGGAGAAGACCCACCCACUAUUGUAAUUACAGCCCAUUAUGACACGUUCGGUCUUGCUCCUUGGCUGGCGUAUGGUGCAGACUCUAAUGGCAGCGGUGUUGCCAUUCUUCUUGAGUUGGUUCGACUCUUUCAUCGUCUCUACUGUAACCCGCGAAGCCAGGCUCCAUACCAUCUUUUAUUCUCUUUGACUGGCGGUGGGAAAUAUAACUUCCUUGGCACUAAGCAUUGGCUGGAGGAAAAUAUGGACCAUGCAGAAUCCAGUCUUUUGCAUGACAAUGUGGAGUUUGUUAUCUGUCUUGACUCUCUUGGCACGGGAGAUGAGAUUUUCCUGCACGUUUCGCGGCCACCUAAGCCUGGCACGCCUCAGUACAGCUUUAUUCAGCAGCUGGAGCAGAUAAUCUCUGCCAGAUUCCCCUGGGUGAGAUUUGGAACUGUUCACAAGAAAAUCAACUUGCAGGAGACCAAUGUGGCUUGGGAGCACGAGCGCUACGGCAUGAAACGUAUCCCAGGAUUCACUCUGUCGCACAUCGAGAACCCUAAAUCAGAGCUUAGAGGAUCUAUCCUUGACAGCAUUGCACAAGUGGACAUGAGGAAACUCAAGCGGAACACAGUUAUUGUUGCUGAGUCCUUGGCAAGAUUCAUCUACAAUCUUUCAGACAAGGGCUCUGCUAAGGACAUGCAGGUUUUCAAGGGCAGUUUGGAUAUUCAAGACAGCCGUUUGUCUGCAUUGAUGACCAUGUUGACGACUGUUCCCCGAGCCGUUCAACUUCUGGACCGAGAACCAGAACACACACUCUUGAUCAACAGCCUGGAGCAGGAAUUCAAACACUAUCUAAAGCAGGUCCACAAACACACGUUCCACCAGGACCGAAGAGACCCUGAAAUCACUUUCUUUGAUCAAAUGAAGCAACCAAUGAUGAUGUACAGGGUGAAGCCUGCUGCCUUUGACCUAUUUUUGGGUGGCUGUAUUGCUGGAUACCUUGGAAUAGUUUAUUAUGGAAUUCAGAACUUUGGGAAAGUCUACACGAAACUGAAAGCAACCAUGAAAGCCAAGCACCAAUAAACUGGAGUGAAGCAGACACAUCAAAGAACCAGUGCACAGAGAAGUCUACAGCAUGGCCAAUGUGAUGCCUGUGAGGACUGAAUUCAUGUCUUGAAUUUA